UUCCGCUUACUUCCCAGUCGAAGCUUCAGGACCGUUGACCAUGGCGGUCGUCUUCAGUCAAAACCACUCGCCCAUGUACUAAAUUUCACGCAACCUUUGAUGCUUCCCGCCCUGAGUCGACUGAGGUUUCCUCUGAUCAGGAUCUGUGGGAUUGUACCGAGGAAGAAGAAGCACACAAUCACAAUGGCGGACCGAUUCUUCCCCAACGAGAUGCCAGACUUCGUAGCUGAGAAAGCAGCUGAAGAAGAAGAAGCAGCUGCUGGUGAUUCACUGGGGAAGCUCCUGUCCAUGCCCUACCCACUUCUCUCUGAGCGGCUCAAGCGCGCCGCUCUCGACCUCAAAGAAACCAUAGUGUUGGAGACAUGGGGAAUGACGGGACAAAGGGUAAGGGACUUCACCCUGUACUGCGGCACCCUGGGAACUGCUUUCUUGCUGUUCAGGUCAUAUCAGAUCACGAAGAAUAUCAAUGAUCUAGCUCUCUGCUCUCAGAUCAUAAAAACCUGUGACUUUGCUUCUAAUAGUUCGAGGGAUGUGACAUUCAUAUGUGGGAGAGCUGGUGUAUGUGCUCUUGGUGCUGUUGUGGCUAAGCAUGCUGAUGAUGCUGACUCUCUCAAUUACUAUCUGAACCAAUUCCAAAGGAUCAAGCUGUCAAGAAAUCUCCCCGAUGAGUUACUUUAUGGAAGAGUCGGGUACUUGUGGGCUUGCUUGUUUCUAAACAAACAUCUUGGUGAAAAUAUCGUUCCUUCCUCAAGCAUGCGGGAAGUUGUCAGUGAAAUUAUCAAAAAUGGGAGAUCAUUAGCUAGGAGAGGAAGCUCCCCUCUGAUGUUUGACUGGUACGGGGAGAAGUACUGGGGUGCGGCCCAUGGAUUGGCUGGUAUCAUGCAUGUGUUAAUGGACAUGGACUUGAAAGCAGAUGAGGUUGAAGAUGUAAAAGGCACUCUCAGAUACAUGAUUAAGAAUCGAUUUCCCAGUGGAAAUUAUCCUGCGACCGAGGAAGAUAGGAGUAGGGACAUUCUCGUCCAUUGGUGCCAUGGAGCGCCUGGGAUUGCCCUCACCCUAGUAAAAGCGGCAAAGGUUUUUAGAGACAAGGAAUUCCUACAAGCUGCGGCCGAUGCUGCAGAGGUAGUGUGGAAGCAGGGGCUUUUAAAACGGGUUGGAAUUUGCCAUGGAAUAAGUGGAAAUGCAUACGUUUUUCUGUCACUUUAUCGAGUUACGGGCAAUCCAGAGUAUUUAUAUAGGGCCAAAGCCUUUGCUUGCUUUCUUCUCGAUAGAGGUCAUCAGCUCAUGGCCAAAGGACAGAUGCAUCGAGGUGAUCGUCCCUACUCUCUUUUUGAAGGGAUUGGAGGUAUGGCAUAUCUGUUUUUGGACAUGGAAGAGCCCUUGGGAGCCCACUUUCCUGCUUAUGAACUUUAAAAAUGAGUAGAUUUAUGAUGUAUGUUUACAGGUUGGUGUAGAAUCAGAGAAUAGAGAGGAUGCUUUAGCAAAACAAUUAGGAAAGUAGGACUUGUAAAUUGUCUGUGUGCAUUGUGCAGUUAAGAAUAAAACUCGCUUGUCAUGGUAGAACGGCAAGGGAACAGAGUGGAAUGAGAAAUUACGUGAUCUUUGAUGCA